CCUUACUUGGCAUUCAACAAGUCUCCCUUCUUUUCUCCUGCCUUUCUCUUCCUCUGCUCUCUCUCUCUCUCUCUCUCUCUCUCAAGUCUCAACCAUGGGUGUAAUGUCUGAGAAACCCCUUCAAGAACUUCCUCUGCAUUCUUCAGACACCACAUUUUCUGCUCCUUCAUCUAGGAGGUUGGAAGGAAAACUUGCUAUUGUAACAGGGGGUGCCAGAGGAAUUGGAGAAGCAACAGUUAGAAUUUUUGUGAAACAUGGUGCAAAGGUAGUGAUUGGUGAUGUUGAGGAUGAAAUUGGAACCAAGCUUGCAAAUUCACUCUCUCCAUUAGCCACCUAUGUCCAUUGUGAUGUUAGUGUUGAAAAAGAUGUUGAAAAUUUGGUCACUUCUACACUUUUUCACUAUGGAAAACUUGACAUCAUGUUCAACAAUGCAGGCGUUCUUGGAAACCAAUCUAAGAACAAAAGCAUUGUGAAUUUUGACGCGGACGAAUUCGACCGCGUCAUGAGUGUUAAUGUGAAAGGAGUAGCUUUAGGUAUUAAGCAUGCAGCAAAGGCAAUGAUUCCUCAAGGAUUUGGGUGCAUAAUUUCUUCAUCUAGUGUAGCUGGUGUUAUGGGAGGACUUGGUCCACAUGCUUAUACAACUUCAAAACAUGCUAUAGUUGGAUUAACAAAGAACACUUCAUGUGAAUUGGGAAGGUUUGGAAUUAGGGUUAAUUGCAUUUCACCAUUUGGUGUUGCAACAUCUAUGCUUGUUAAUGCUUGGAGAAAAGGGGAUGAAGAAAUUGAUGAUGAUAUCAAUUUUGGAUUGCCUUUACAUGAGGAAGUUGAGAAAAUGGAAGAGUUUGUUAGAGGGUUAGCUAAUUUGAGAGGAGCAACAUUAAGGGCUCAAGAUAUUGCUGAGGCUGUUCUUUAUCUUGCUAGUGAUGAAUCUAAGUAUGUUAGUGGUCAUAAUCUUGUUGUUGAUGGUGGAAUUACUUCCUCUAGAAAUUGUAUUGGACUUUGAAUUUUGUUAAUUAAUAUUCAAUUUUCUUGGUUGUUUGUAAUAAUUUUUCUCUGAAUAUUUUAAUAUAGUUGCUGUAAGUGUUGAAGUGUAAUUAUAUGUUGGAUUCUAAUAA